UAAGGAAAUCAUUGAUUGCUGUCAAAGAUGUCAAAAAUGCCAAGAGGUUUUCCUCCUUUGAAGAAAACUGGACAUAAACCAGAUGAUGAAAACCAUAAGGAAAACAUCCCAAACAGAAAGAAUGCUGUCUCUAAAAUGGUCAAAGGCAUAUCCACAAGGUAUGGGUAUGAAGCUGAGCUAAGGGAACAGAAUCAGAAUCUGCUUGUUGCAAAUGAUGAUCUACAGAAAAACCUAACACAGACACAACAAAGAGUCACAGAACUACAGCAGCAGUACAGUGAUCUCGAAAAGGAAAAACUAGAGACUGAGAAACAUCUGAAGGACUGUCAUGCACUUUUAGUUUCAGCGAAAAUUGAUCCAGUGUUGGGAGAAAGAGUUGGAGAAGCCAUACAUGAAAAUGAAGAGCAAAGACAGGAAGUAAUGACCGUCUCAACAGAACUCCUUAAUGAACUGAAAACGUUUGCUGAUAUUGCGACAGAGCAAUGCAGCCAAUUACAGGAAGUCCAGUCAACAUUAUCUGAGCUCACAAAAGCACAGGAGCAGAUGAGGCAGGAAAGAGAGAGCUUUGCUUUGGAGGUUGCUGAUCUGGAAAAGGCCCUUAAUGAGGCAGAAGCACUCCUUUUGUAGACAAAAAAAAUCUGUAAUUUUUGCAUGUUUUAAAAAUUAUUGUAAUAAACAUUUUUGUACCCCUCCUUUUCAAAACUUGAA